AUGCAUCACAUUCCUCCUCCUCGUAACUUCCUCGUCCUCUCUGCCGUCAGCUCGGCCCCUUUCAACCCGAGUCACAAGUUCCUUGUCCUGUCCCCAACGGAGUCCGGACCGGACCCUCGGGGCUAUGACGAGCAAGCCUUGACCGACUCAACCUCGGUGGAGCAGAGUCCCGAGGCCGCUGCUGGUCUGCACCGUGCCAAUAGCUCAUCUUCCACCUCGUCGAACGAGUCUCAGUUCGAUGACCUGGCUGCCACUCUCCCCAGUGGUUUUCUUUACCUCGGCAACAGCAAGACCCGCAAGGCUUCUCAGUGA